AUGUUGAGCACACGAGUUCGGUUUUUUCUUGCUCCUCUACAAUCCAACUCCAUUCGCUAUGCAUCAAAUCUAGCUAAUGUAGUUCAAAACCGUCUAAAACCCGAAUUAGAUUCCAUUCGGGAAGCUGGAACAUGGAAAUCCGAGCGAGUUAUCUCGACUAGUCAAAGUGCAUACAUCAAAAUUGAACAGUCAUCGAAUCAAUUAUUGAAUUUCUGUGCCAAUAAUUAUUUGGGCUUGGCAAAUAAUCCGGAGAUUAUGAAAGCAUCGAAACAAGCUAUCGAUGAGUACGGUGCUGGUCUUAGUUCAGUACGAUUCAUUUGUGGCACACAAACAAUUCAUAAACAACUUGAACAACGAAUUGCCAAGUUUCAUCGACGCGAAGAUGCGAUACUUUAUAUCUCGUGUUUUGAUGCAAAUGCCGGAAUUUUCGAAACACUACUCAAAGAACAGGACUAUAUAAUUAGCGAUGAAUUGAAUCACGCAUCAAUUAUUGAUGGAAUACGUUUAUGCAAGGCAAAACGAUUACGUUAUAAACACAAAGACUUGUCAGAUCUGGAAGCGAAAUUGAAAGAAAGUUACAAUGAUAAGAACGAAAAUGUCAUUCGAUUGAUUGCUACAGAUGGAGUCUUUUCGAUGGAUGGAACCAUUGCACCGUUGCGGGAGAUUCGACGUUUAGCAGAUCAGUAUAAUGCAUUAGUCUUUGUUGAUGAAUGUCAUGCAACCGGAUUCUUUGGACCAACGGGUCGUGGUACGGAAGAACAUUUCGGAAUGGUGGGCAAAAUUGAUAUUAUCAAUUCUACACUUGGUAAAGCACUUGGUGGAGCAGCUGGUGGUUAUACAACAGGACCAAAAGCUCUAAUCGACUUAUUACGUCAACGAUCCAGACCAUAUCUUUUCUCGAAUACCUUGCCACCAGCGAUUGUAGCAAGUGCGAUGAAAGCAAUUGAUUUGAUUGAGAAUGAUACAAGUUUACCGGGCCGUGUACUUGAAAAUGCCACGUAUUUUCGUGAAGAAAUGCAAAAUUUAGGUUUCACGAUCUUAGGUGAUGCGCAUCCUAUCUGUCCAGUGAUGCUUGGCGAUGCUCGAUUAGCCAGUCAAUUUGCUGAUGAAAUGCUCAAACGGAAUAUCUAUGUUAUUGGAUUUAGUUAUCCUGUGGUGCCGAAAGGUCGUGCUCGCAUUCGUGUUCAAGUAUCCGCUGCUCAUUCCAAAGAUGAUUUAAAACGAUGUAUCGAUGCAUUUGCUGAAGUUGGCCGACAACUUAAACUGAUUCAUAAUAAAAUUGCGUGUGUUCUUGAAAAACAAAGUGUUCCGAUGCAAACGAACAGUAGUAUGUCGAAUGAAAAUAAAUCAUGGCCGGAAUUUGUUGGUAAAGAUGCUGAUGAAGUACAGAGUCAAUUAACUGCUGAAGGUUUCAAUGUUGAAAUUAAGCAAGAUGGAGCACCGUGUACUCGUGAUUAUCGUCUCGAUCGUGUUCGAUUGUUCGUUGACGAUGGCAACAAAAUCAUACGACCACCUCGCACUGGUUAA